AAGGAGAUGAUGAGCAUACAGAGAGAGAGAGAGAGAGAGAGAGAGAGAAAUAGACAAAAUAAUUGUGAAAGGACACAUGGAAAGUGCCAUGGAAGGAGCUUCAACUCCAUUGCCAUGGAAGUGUUCAAACUAGGACAGUUUCAGCCUUCGUUACUUGUGACUCUCCAUCUAUAUAUAUAUAUAUAGUCCACUAAUUGCUAGCACAUACUCGACACCACAAUCACUCCAUUUUCUUUCCUGUUCUUCCAGAUUGGUUGGCUAAUGGCGACCUGCAGAUUCAUCGGCAAGAAAACCUUCGUGCUACAGCAGCCACGUUUGGUUUUCUUGCUCCUCACAGUGUGGACGCUGGCUUCUGCAUCCUCAGCGGCGCCGCCGCUCAGGGUUGGGUUUUACCGGUCGAGCUGCCCGUCCGCCGAGUUCAUAGUAAGAAAAGCUGUGAUGAAGGCUGUUUCAAAGAACCCUGGCAUCGCUGCAGGCCUCAUUAGAUUGCAUUUUCACGACUGCUUUGUCAGGGGCUGUGAUGGGUCCGUGCUUCUUGAUUCAACGCCGGGAAAUCCGUCGGAGAAGGGGCAUCCGGCAAACAAAGGGAGCCUGAGAGGUUUCGAGGUGAUCUAUGAAGCCAAAGCCCAACUCGAAGCUCGAUGCCCCAAGACAGUCUCCUGCUCCGACAUUGUAGCAUUCGCCGCAAGGGACAGCGCCUCCAUGGCCGGAGGAAUCAACUACGCGGUGCCGGCGGGGCGCCGAGACGGCAGAGUUUCCCUCAAAGAUGACCCAUCCGGCAACCUUCCUCCUCCUUUGCUGGACGCCAAACAACUCCAAGAAAAUUUUGCCAAGAAGGGGCUCUCUCUGGAUGAAAUGGUGACCCUCUCGGGAGCCCAUUCGAUUGGAGUCUCCCACUGUUCUUCCUUCUCCAACCGCCUCUACUCCUUCAAUGCAACUCACCCGCAGGACCCUUCAAUGGAUCCCAAAUUCGCAAGGCAGAUGAAGAAGAAGUGUCCUCCGCCGUCAUCCAAAUCUAACCCCACCGUGCCACUGGAUUCUCUCUCACCAAACAGAUUGGAUAACAGUUAUUACAUAGGUUUAAAGGCCCAUAGAGGGCUGCUAACAUCGGACCAGACGCUCUCAACAAGCCCUUCUACUGCCUGGAUGGUGAAGAACAAUGCGAGGAAUGGCAGGGCUUGGGCUAAGAAAUUUGCGGCUGCAAUGGUGAAGAUGGGUUCCAUUGAUGUUAUCACUGGAUCAUAUGAGGGUGAGAUUCGGAUGAACUGCAGGGUUGUGAACUAGAUUGUUCGAGUCCCCAGAGGUUGAUUGUGUUCCAAAAAAUCAUUAAUUUUCUCUUCUCUGUUGAGUCACCUUUUUCGAUUCUCUGACUCCAUGCAAGUGUUAAGUUUGCAUGGUCGUUCGUUUGAUUGUUGAUUAUCCCAAGUGUAAAUUAAUUUACAGUUUGUUGAAUUGUUGAGAGAUUGCUUGUGAAAGCCACUACUGUAAUAAUUAAGGUAAUUGGCAAUGUUUAAUGAAUAAGCUUUCAAUUAUGAUUAUGAA